CCUCACAUAUACACUAAUUCCAAUUUCAACCUCAAACCUUAAACUUCAUCGUGUCAUGUUCAAACACCAAAACUCACCACACCACCACACAAAACCACUUCGUAGAUAUCAAUAAAAUAUCCGAAUCUUUGUUCUUGUUGUUCUGUUCUUUUGCAAACUCAAUAUGAACAACAACAUCAUCAUCAACAAGAACAAAAACCCAUUUUGAUUUUGAAUUCUUUUUUCUUAAUUGAAUUGAAUGGACCUUUCUCUAACACUAACGUCAAACCCUUCUUCAACUUCACUCUCUCAUUUCUCAAAACUAUGUGAAUUUCAUCAAAGGAAGAAAAGGGUUUCUUUCUUUGAUGUUUCAAGAGUUGUUUCUGUGCGGUGUGUUAAAGCUUCUGCAGAGAGAACUGGUGAUACCAUAGAUGAUAGAGGUGAGACAAGAACCGGGUUCACUACACCUGCAGCUAUGGAAGUCACCACCACAUUCAACCGUGGUUUCAAUGAUGCUGCUGGUGCUGCUGACUUUCCUGUUUGGGAAAAAAUUGGUGCUGUUGUUAGACUCAGCUAUGGAAUCGGGAUUUAUGGUGCUAUGGCUGUUGCCGGAAGUUUUAUAUGUUCGAUUACUGGAAUUGACUCUCUUGGGGGUUUUCAUCUAUCAUUAGAUGCUAUUGUUCAAGGGCUUGGAUAUGCAGUUCCUCCAAUUAUGGCUCUUCUUUUUAUACUUGAUGAUGAAGUUGUGAAGUUAUCACCCUAUGCCCGUGCCAUUAGAGACGUAGAGGAUGAAGAACUAUGGAGUUUUUUCUAUGGCAUGUCCCCUUUGCAGUUUAUACUGAUGGUUGCUGCAAGUUCGGUGGGAGAGGAGCUCUUCUACAGGGCUGCAGUUCAGGGGGCACUGGCUGAUAUAUUUUUACGAGGCAGUAAUCUUAUACAAGAUGUUCGUGGAAUGGCAUCUUUGACAGGGGUACUGCCACCAUUUGUUCCAUUUGCUCAGGCACUUGCAGCUGUACUUACAGCUGUCCUCACCGGUUCUCUCUAUUAUGUGGCUGCCUCUCCUAAAGAUCCUACUUAUAUUGUUGCGCCUGUUUUACAAUCUCGUGCUAGUCGUCAAGAUUUGAAAAAGCUGUUUGAAGCAUGGUAUGAGAAAAGGCAAAUGAAAAAAAUCUAUUCCCCACUUCUGGAAGGACUAUUAGCUCUCUACCUCGGUUUUGAGUGGAUCCAAACAAAUAAUAUUCUUUCUCCGAUUAUCACGCAUGGGAUUUACUCCACUGUUAUAUUGGGACAUGGCCUUUGGAAGAUACACGACCACCGGCGAAGACUAAGGCAGAGAAUCCAACAACUCAAAUCAGAAGAAAAAAAUUCCAACUAGAUUUUGAAAUGCUCUCUGAAGACUGAUUUUGGUGAAAAAUUUGUAUAUGUAUUAGAGUUGUUAAUAAUGUAAAGAGAAGAUGUGUAUAUUAUGUGUUAGAUGAGAUCUCAUACAUACAGAAUAUGCAAAGUUUUGAUUACAUUACAGGAUUCUCUAAUUUAGAAUCAUCAGUGAUUUACUGUUUUGUAAUAAAAAUUGGAGUAAUCCAAAAGCUGUGUAAAAUUAAUAAAAUAGCAUAUAUAUGAUGUCCCAAUUACAAUCUUUGCUUUAAAGAUUACAUUA